CAGGACUCUCCGGAGUUGAUAUCGUUCCGUGCUUGAACAUCUUAGCUGUUUGCCGCCCGUUUGCUUGGGAGCUGUUCCACGGCGAUGGGUUGUACGUCCAGCAGCACCAAAGGACAAAACUCGUCAUGGAAUCCCGAACCUUACACGAGCAGGUCGACGGAAACAACAACCCUAACAACGACACAGGCAAAUGGAUCGCCACGGAAACAGCAACUUGAAGAAAAAUUCACCAAAGAUGAUAUACUCCUAAUUUUUCGAACUAUGGACAAGGACAAAAAUGGCUUCCUGACGUCGGACGAGAUAAGGGACGCUCUGGUGAAAACGAGGGCGUACCAAAACGAGGCUCAAGUUCAGCAGAUGAUCACAGAGGCCGAUAAAGAUGGCGACGGACGAAUAAACUACGUGGAGUUCGCUGGUGUUAUGGACUUCGUUAAUUCAAAACCGUAAUAGGAUCCACUAAUACCCAAAUUCAACAAAUACUAUGAAACGAAAUAUUUGUGCGUGAAACAAAUUU